AUGUCAGCGGCGGUGCGCGCUGCCCUGGCCGCUAAAAGGGCCGAGCAUCGCUCCCGCUCCUCCUCACCCACCAAAUCGAGCCCUGCGCUCCCUAACGAUGACGAUCAGCUACCCCACUUUGGACGUGACCUCGAUGCCUCCAUAGCAAGCCCUUUCGGCUCUCCGAAACCCACUCCCAAGCCUUGGAAAUCGGCUCAUGCCCAACCUACUUCCACCUCGCCAGCGCCAGGUAUGGAUCUGAACCAAAAGUCGGAAGCUGACGUGAUUCGUCUCAGCAUACAGAAUGGCAAGGUGAACUUGUCAUCGCGGUCACCAUCGCUACGAGAGGUGCCAGAAUUGCUCCUCUCCCUCCUCGCCGAUGAACCCCCCUCCUGGUUCUUGCACAUCCCCCAAGACGACCGACAGCCCUGGUAUAUGCGCGAAGAGCUUCACACUUUGCAAUUGAGCAACAACGAGCUGCAAUCGCUUCCUGACAAGCUUGGCGAAUUUCGUGGUCUCAAACGCCUUGAGCUCCAUAGCAACAAGUUGCUCACCCUUCCACCUCCCCUCUUCCAGCUCUCCGCCCUCACAACCCUCACACUCGCCAAGAAUGGCCUCACAGCUUUUCCCACCUGCCUUCUCGCUCUCGACAACCUUGUUACACUUAACCUCUCUCACAACAAGAUCCAAACCCUCUGGAACGAUCAACAGCUUGCAUCGGCGCGCUCGGAACGCCAGGCUUGGGAUAAGGUCAAUGCUGCGCAGGAAAAUAGCGUCUGGGCCGGUCUAUCGCCGUCCAAGAAAGAUCGCAAGCUCCUCGCCCCUGCUUCCGAGGCGCACGCAAACACCGCCAUGCGCUCUCUGCGAAGUCUGGACCUCAGUUACAAUCGCCUUUCAAACGCUGCUUUGGGCAUCCCCGACCUCGCCAACCGUCGUCGCAACAAGCCUGCCGAUGUCAGCUCUGCCGAGUCGUCUCUCGUACAUCUGCCCACUGGUCUCAGAACACUCAACCUCGGCCACAACAUGAUUCGCGGCCCCGUCUCUGUCACUCUCUUUCAGCAUCUUGCAUCGCUCGAAGAUCUCGGUCUGCAAGGCAACGGCAUUGGCGACGAUGUCCUGGCACCAGACAACGCCGCCGAUGCCGACGCAUCGUGCCAAGUCUUCCCCAGCCUUUCCGUCUUGGACUUAUCCGGCUGCGAGCUUGACGAUCUUUCCAAGGUCGAGAAUUUCUUUGGCUCUCGUCGUAUUCAGUCCUUUGAUCAAGCGAUGGGCAACGUCGAUGCUGCUCCUUCUAGUCACGGCCCGGUCGCACCUGCCCCCGGUAUGCAAGCACGUCAACUAGUUCGCGUCCGCAACAGGCCCACUUCUGCCGAUGUCGUCAAGAUGACGGAACGCUCUAACGCCCAAGUCUUGUGUCUCUUACUCGAAGGCAAUCCGCUAAGGGAGGAGGCCUUCCGCCAAAAGCGUGGAGGUCGCUCAGCAUCUCCCGAAAAGAAAAGCGCCAACGCAGCCACAUUGGGCACGAGCGUAAGCAAACCAAACGCAAUCGCACAAGCCCCAACCACGAAUGCUCCAUCUACUCCACCAACAAUCCCCACAAUCCCUGCGACCGUCGCAGGCGUGUCUCAGCUUCCACCCAAGCCCAAGGUUGUGAAGGAGGACUGGGAGAUUCUGGCUGAGUCCGGUCUCAACACCGAACUUGGUCGACGCAAGCUUCGCAUUGAGCAGGCAAGAAGGGAGCAGGAGGCUGCCGCAGCUGCCGCAAAGGAGGCUGACGCUGCCGGUGGUGACGACGUCCAGGGUCGGGGCAGAAAACCAUGCGCAGCUGACGAAGCAGUAAGCUCUGAUCCUGACGGUGGUGGCUCAGGCGCAGAGUCGAAGGAUCGCGCCAUGUCUCACAACCGUGGCGAAUCGGUCGACGACAAGGACACCGGAAGCGCACUCGCCAACGCCAAGUUGAGCUCCAAGAAGAAAGAAGCGCUCGGUCAAGUUCCGUGCAAGUUUUUUCGGAGUAAUGGAUGUUCGGCCGGCGCAUCCUGUCCCUUCGCCCACACUCUCCCAGGAGAUGGUGGGCAAAAGUCCGUUUGCCAGUGGUUCCUGAAGGGCAGCUGUCGCUUCGGGCACAAGUGUGCCUUGGCUCACGUCUUGCCUGGUCAGCCAAUGAGCAUGGAUCGCAAGAACAAGCGAGCUGCUCAGCAUGGCCAGCCUCUCCCCCAGACGCCCAAUCAGCAACACAUGGCUGGGCCCAACGCAGGCAUGCAGUCAUCGCUACCUCACUCGAUGCAACCCGGUCAGCCCAAGGCUGGCCAGAUGCCCAGCUCUACACAGCAGCGACAAGCAUCCGUCCAAUCAGUUCAGCAGCAAGCUCAGAAUGCGUCGCAGCUGCCACUAUCGCCACCAAAGGGUACGCCCACACGGAACGACCUGGUCCCUGGUCAAGCCGUCUCGCAGCUCGCGCCGCAAUUGCGCAAUCGUAAGACGUCCUUCACCACUCGUGACCACGAUCUUCCCUUUGGCAUACCAGAUGAUUUUCAAACUUCUGCUUCCACUGCGUCUGCCGCUUCAGUCGCGAUCGACCCCGCUCGUGCUGGAUUCGAGGGCGCGCAAGAUCCAUCGCUUUCGACAUCGUUCGCCGGCAGCACUUCAUUCCAACGCCGAAGCACUCUGUCACAAAGCCUGAGCGCCUCCUUGGCCGCUCAGACGUUUGGAGGUAUGGAUUCGGCGGCGACGACCUUCGGAACGUCGACUUCUGCUUCUCGCGCAUUUGGAACGAGCCCUUUCGGCCAUCCCAGCGGUCACUCUCUUUUCUUUAGCGGCAGUCAGGACGAAGAAGGUGGCGCGGGACCUCUUACGCGUAACAAUCGCGAUGUGUUUGGAGCUCGCAGCAUGGGACGUAUAGACGAUGCUGCCAAGCUGUGGGGUGGGAUCAGUGCGGGCGCCAAUGCACAGCCCAUUGUCAGCAGCAGAGUUGAGGAGGAGAUGGAAGAUGCCGAAGAUUUCCUUCCUUCUAGCCUUUCCGACUUGCUCACUCCGGCAGAGCUGGAGCGCAGGAGGCGUAGCCAUCGUCUGUCGAGCUCGUUCGCCGGUAAUGAUGAGCGCGUCACAGUCGCGCAGAGCAUGCCGUCGCAAGCAGCUCAGACGUUCGGAUCGUCGCUCGGGUUCGGUCGUUCGGCUAUUGGUGCCGAACGCGCCAAAUCCAGCAACUUGUCCACUGGAUUCCAGCAACAGCAGCAACAGCAGCAGCCAGGGAAAAAUGAUGACUUGAGUCCGAUUGGCAGCGGCCGGCGUAUUAGUGGAAUUGACUCGAUUGCGUUCCGCGAGAGUAGGUCAGGACUGUCGACGUCAGCCAGCCGUUCUGCAGCCCAUCACGCGCCAGGACAGAGCCUACCGCAGGGUUUGGCGGCUGGUCUGAGCAGACUUCAUCUUCGAACGGGACGGCCAGGAGAUGCAGGAACCAACUUGGUGGGAGGCGGCGGAUAUGGAACCAUCGGAAGCGGUGCGACCAACGACGGUGCAUUCUCACAGAACUCGCAGCUCGGAAAUGGCGCCUCUGGAGGACUACGGGUACCCGGCAGUCUCGACGAGUAUGGUCUUGGCCCGACCGCACCUUCGUCUGUGUUGCCGCAUCGAAGCCCACUCAGCUUCGCGGUCGGCAGUGCUACUGGCGGCAUGAGUGGUUCCAGGCUGAGUGGAUCGUUUGCAGAGCGACAACUUGGCAAUGGCACCUUUGGCUCGCCCGGCAGCGGCAGCGUCGGAUCGCCCUUCUCACCUCCACUCUCGGCGAUUGGCUCGCAUCGGGCUGCAGGAGUCGGAGAGGGCGGUAUCGCGAUUCCCGAUGGAGACUCGCAGAUGCAUGCAUCUGCGAUGGGUGGAAUCAGGUACGCGCAGCAUCCGGCAACACAACGACUCCGGGCAGGCAGCUCAGCGGCUGCGCCUCACUCGCCGUUGACUCUACCAGUUGUGACGGCGGAAGAAGAUGAAGAGGAGGCCAUCUUUGAACUUGAAUGA